AUGCCUAGCUUUUUGAAGGCCUUUCACAUGAAAUCGUUGCUUAUACGGGCGCUGACGCUGAAUCUACCUCCCUACCCCGAGAGUCCAAUUCCUUCCGGGCCCUCACUAUCAGAUAUCGCGACUGCUGCUGCAACAGCUGUGCCCGAGGCGCCCGUCUCUAAUGUCCAGGGCCUCGCCUUCGACCGCUUCUACCAACUAUGGAUGGAGAACACAAAUUAUGGCGACGCAGCAGCCGAUGAAAACAUGCAAUGGCUCGCAUCUCAGGGCAUCCUACUAACAAACUACUACGGCGUCACACAUCCCUCUAUGCCCAACUACUGCGCCUCUGUCGGUGGUGACACCUGGGGAAUGGACCAUGACAACUUCGUCCAGAUGCCAUCCAACAUCUCCACCAUUGUUGAUCUACUUGACACCAAGGGUAUUUCGUGGGGCGAGUAUCAAGAACACCUACCCUACGCCGGGUUCCAGGGGUUCAACUUCUCCAAUCAGGACACGCAGACAGAUGACUACGUCCGGAGACAUAACCCCCUCGUUCUGUUUGAUUCCGUGGCGAAGAAUGACACUCGCGCCCGUCAGAUCAAGAACUUCACCAGCUUCGAGAUUGACAUGAGCAACAAGAAAUUGCCACAGUGGGCUUUUAUCACGCCAAACGUGACCAACGAUGCGCAUGACACGAAUAUCACCUUUGGCGCGAAGUGGGAGCGGUCCUGGGUCGCGGGGCUCCUUAACAAUGAAUAUUUCAUGAAUAACACGCUCCUUCUCCUUACCUUUGAUGAAGACAGCUACGUUGAGAACAAUAAAGUCUUUAGCGUACUCCUCGGCGGCGCACUCCCCGAGCAACUAAAGGGAACAACAGACGACACAUUCUACACCCACUACUCGAGCAUCGCAACCGUUUCUGCAAAUUGGGGGCUUCCCUCUUUAGGAAGAUGGGACUGCGGCGCUAAUAUCUUUGAGAUUGUCGCUAACAAGACCGGAUACGUGAACUAUGAGGUGGACACUACCAACUUACGUCUGAACGAGACAUAUCCCGGUCCUGAAGCGAUUGGUUGGAUUGGAAAGUACUCGCCCGUCUGGCCUAUCCCUGUCACCAAUGCUCAGUGCUCAGCUGGUCAUGGUGUUUUGGGUUCUGUGCAGACUUUGUUUGGAGAUUCCAAGCCAACGUACAACUAUACCAGUCCCUAUCCAUGGGAUGCGAAGAAUGGGUAUAAUGACGAUGUCACUGCAACACGUCCAUCUAAUGCCACAUUUACCAAUUCAACAUUGGGAAAUGGAGAUCACACACUACAUACUGGCGCUGCUAUGGCUGGCGCUUCUCCCAGUCCUGCGAUCAUUAUCUUGGCUCUGGCGGGCAUCCUCCCCUGGCUUCGAAUUUGA